ACUCCUCCUUCCUCCUUUGUAGUUUUCCCCCUCUCAUUCACUCACUCACUCACUCACUCCCACUUCACUCCCAACCAAACAACGCAAAUUCCAAUCACACGCAAACACUUCUCUCUCUCCGCCAGGUUAGGGUUAGGGUUCGUUUCGAUCAUGGCUUCGUCUUCCUCCGAUCCGGCGAAGUCCGCGGAGACAUCGGAGGCGGCGGCCACGGCCACGCCCAGCGACCAGCUCUUGCUCUACAGAGGAUUGAAGAAAGCGAAGAAGGAGAGAGGUUGCACCGCCAAAGAGCGCAUCAGCAAAAUGCCUCCCUGCGCCGCCGGCAAACGGAGUUCCAUAUACCGAGGCGUCACUAGACAUAGGUGGACUGGUCGUUACGAAGCUCAUCUUUGGGAUAAGAGUACGUGGAACCAGAAUCAGAAUAAGAAGGGAAAGCAAGUUUACUUGGGGGCGUAUGAUGACGAGGAAGCAGCGGCUAGAGCAUAUGAUCUUGCUGCUCUCAAAUAUUGGGGUCCUGGGACUCUCAUUAACUUUCCGGUGACUGACUAUACAAGAGAUCUUGAAGAAAUGCAGAAUGUGUCCAGAGAAGAGUACCUUGCAUCUUUACGAAGGAAGAGCAGUGGCUUUUCAAGAGGACUCUCAAAAUAUCGUGGACUCUCCAGUCGAUGGGAGCCAUCAUAUGGCCGUAUGGCUGGAUCUGAUUACUUCAAUAGUAUACAUUAUGGGGAUGAUUCAGCCGCAGAAAGUGAAUAUAUAAGUGGUUUCUGUAUAGAAAGAAAGAUUGAUUUAACUAGUCACAUCAAAUGGUGGGGAUCUAAUAAGACUCGACAUUCUGACACCGGAACAAGAUUAUCAGAAGAAAGGAAACUUGGUUCUACCGGAGAUAUUUGCAGUGAACUUAAGCAAUUAGAACAGAAAAUCCAACCUACAGAACCUUACCAGAUGCCACAGUUAGGCCUGCCCCUCAAUGAGAAAAAGCAUAGAAGUUCUUCGGUCUCUGCCUUAAGUAUCUUGUCUAAAUCUGCCGCUUACAAGAGCUUGCAAGAGAAAGCAUCAAAGAGACAGGAAAAUAGCACUGAUAAUGAUGAGAACGAAAACAAAAAUACAGUCAACAAGUUGGAUCAUGGCAAGGCAGUUGAGAAACCAUCAAAUCAUGGAGGCAAUGAUCGGCUUGACAUUGCAAUGGGAAUGAGUGGGACAAUGUCUCUUCAAAGAAAUGUUUACCCAUUGACACCAUUCUUGUCUGCACCACUUUUGACAGCCUACAAUACUGUUGAUCCAUUGGUAGAUCCUGUUCUGUGGACAUCUCUUGCUCCUAUACUUCCUGCUGGCCUUUCUCGUACAGCUGAGGUUACAAAGACCGAGACCAGUUCAACGUACACUAUGUUUCAGCCAGAGGAAUGAUUGGACAUUUGAACUUCUAAUUGAAGAAAGACAAGCACCUGAAAAGGCAAGCCGAGCUUGUAUUAAACAAACAACACCAUAAAGGUCUGAAGCGCUCAAGCAGGUCUUAGAGAAUGCUCCCAUGGCUUUUUUUUGCAAGCUUACAUGGGUUUCAGAGGUCAGAGAAAAGAAAAUAUUGCCGUUGUUUUACAUCGAUGAUGAAUAUAGAAUUUGCACCAAUCUUUUCAUUUCAAGUCUUAUGUAUCCGUUAACAUCUCUAUCAUGUAUAUGCAGUCAAUAGUUGGACAAAUUUUGAUUUUACGCGGAAUGUUCUGUAAAGAGGUGGAAUUAUGCUAGGACGUGGUCGUUAAUUGAUGUUCUGUACAGAAUAAGAGAUGGAAUAUGCAAGGACGUGGUCGUUAAUUGAU